AUGUCUGGACGUGGAAAGGGAGCCGGUAAGACCAGAGUGAAGUCCAAGACCAGGUCCUCCAGGGCCGGGCUCCAGUUCCCCGUGGGCCGUGUCCACAGGCACUUGAGGAAGGGUAACUACGCCCGGCGUGUCGGCGCCGGAGCUCCGGUGUACCUGGCGGCGGUGCUGGAGUAUCUGACCGCUGAGAUCCUGGAGCUGGCCGGGAACGCGGCCCGCGACAACAAGAAGACCCGUAUCAUCCCCCGUCACCUGCAGCUGGCCGUCCGCAACGACGAGGAGCUCAACAAGCUGCUGGGCGGAGUGACCAUCGCUCAGGGCGGCGUGCUGCCCAACAUCCAGGCGGUGCUGCUGCCCAAGAAGACCGAGAAAGCCGCCAAGAAGUAGACGCAACAACAACAACGGCUCUUUUAAGAGCCACCACUCCACUAGAGAUCCUUUAAGAACAUGAGCACCGACACAUGAGCUGAGGCCACUGCCUCAAUAUGACAGUUAAACUAGGAACCAUCAUAACGAUGACCCGAUAAUUUACUGGAAACUACUUCAUUAGAAUAUAAGUAUUAUCCGUAUGUGUAUAUAUACAUACUUAUAUGGAUAUUUGUAAGUGCGUGUAUAUACAUUAUGUACUCUACGAAGGGCUCAAGAAGCAGGAAAUUGG